AUGAGUGCGUUCGACUCGUUCUGCAACCUCUGGAAUGCCAUCUUCGCGGCCGAGGCUGGCAGCCCCGUGAUGAAGGCCGUUGUGGAGCAGAUGGUCGACUGGUACAGGGGGAACCAUACGGAGGCCGAGCUGAUGGGCACCCACACGUUCCUGCAGGGGCUGGAGGCGGUGGUCGCGAGCGAGUGCCCGGUGCACUGCGGCAGGGGAUCGCAUUCUGCCACCUGUGGGCUGUCCUGGAAGGCAAAGGGGAAGCUCCAGUUCAGGUGUGGGACGCAGCACGAGAUCCGGCUCUACAGGGAGAAGAAGCUUACGUGCGGACUUUUGCCCACUGAAGAGUGCCCAGAAGGGCGGAUGGAGGGCAAUGGAUUCUUUGGCCUUCGUUUCGGUAUCUUCGAGCCUGGGAUAAAGGGAAAGUUGGUGGGCUGGUCCCGCUUCGAGAACUGCUCAGGGUCGGCGGACUUCGGUUGCAACCAGCGGCGCAUGCGGGACCCCGCCAGCGAAGCGCGCGUAGAGGCAGGGCCAUCCGCAGGGACGGCGCCCCUCCGGACAGUGACGCAGCAGGACCUGGCGGGCUCGCGUUGCGGAUAG